AUGUGGAGGAACCGCAAUCAAUCACCGCGCCAGAGAGUGCAGCACACUGCAACAAGAAGCAGGGCAUUGCGUCGCUCCAAGAGGGGAGCGGCGGGAGCGGAAGAGACAACAACGUUGCAGAGCUUACCAGCGCUGGCGACGUCUUAUCAUGGUUACGAAAGUUACGAGUGGAGUCCCACGCUUCGGACCAUUUUCGAAGGAGUGCUUGACGAAGGAAGCUCUUUGAGUGCGCUGCGGGGAAAAGAGGAUACACUUGUCGAAUCCAUUUUUUCCUGUGCUGCUUCGAGGUGGGGCAAUGGUGUUACCCUUACAUUACCGGCCCACUCAAUCGGAAACCCGAGCAUCCAGUUUGGAGACCAAGGAAUCCGCUACUUAAAAUUUGAUACUGGCGAGUAUUGCAAAUUCACGAACCGACCUUAUGCGCGUGCUGUUGAGCUCGAAACGUUAAAAACAGACGAAAAGAGCGGCAAGCCCCUGCGGGGGAUUGUUGCCUAUGUGCCAAUAACCACCCUCAAGAGCUUUCCCGAACCCGAAGAUCGCGGCGUGAACAUGAUGCCGUUUAUUUUCAAUGACAAAUCUUCAUUGCCAGACGACCUUCAAUGCUAUCACCACUUGAUUCAGCAAUGUCCGUAUGCGGAUGAAGAGAUUGGUAAGGUCGGGUACCUCACUGUUCACGAGAGGUGGGUGGAUGCGUCCACGGCUCAAAGGCGGGAAGGCCUGCAUAUCGAAACUCCCGGUGAUUUUACGGACGAAGAAUCGUCUACGUUCACCCCAGGCGUAGAGCACGCCUGGGGCAUCGGGAUGUUUUACGCGGCUGACAAGCUGGAAGGAGGCAUCUUCAUGGCUUCCUCGGUCGCAGGCACCAGUGAGGUAUGGGACGCCCUUGUGGACAAGAACGUCAAGGGCAUCGUGGACCGCCAUGGCGGAUGCGAGCAUCUCCGCCCUCUUCUGGGCCCCGGCAAAAAGCUUGAAGCCAACGAGUUGAUUUGGAUGACGGAUUGCACGCCGCAUGAGGCAUUGCCACAGACCGAGUCGGGUUACAGGCAAUUUUUCCGCGUUGUCACAUCCAACAUUACACACUGGUUUGCCGAUCACUCCACUCCAAACCCUCUUGUUCCUUUGCCUGAACAUGUUGUCGUGGUUCAUGGAAACAAGUUCGAAGUUUGA